AAUAAAUAAACAUCAUCCGUCCUCAGAAACAGAAAAAGAAAAGAAACUAAGAUAUAAGAAGUUAUGGCACCCAAACGAGCAGCAAAGGUGGUGGCCUUGAAGACCACCAAGAAAGUUGUGCAACAAACAAAAGUGCAAGUCGCAGUGGUUCAAACACCUGAGAAGCAGGAACAAGACAAGCUAGUCAAGUCCAUUCCCGUAGAACAAAAAUCCCCACAAGAAGAAGAAGAAACUCAAACCCAGACCACUGGCGAAGCUGUCCAAAAACAAGCCCCAAAAGAACCCACAACCACCACAGAUAGAGAAGUGGAGAUGGAGAUGUCCACUCCUGUAGACCAAAAACCCCCACAUGAAGAGGAAGAAGAAGAAGAAGAAGAAGAACAAACCCAAACCCAGAAUACUGGUGAAGACGUCCAAAAAGAAGUCCCAAAAGAAGACAUAACCACCACACCUUCCCAGGAGAAACAAGAAGCAGAGAAAAAUAAUACUGGAAAGAAGAGGUUGAGGCCGAGAAGAGGAAGUGGGAAGAGAAGAUUUGAAGGUGGAGAUCAGGGAAUGGGAUACAGGAGGUAUGUGUUCAGGGUGUUGAAGCAGGUUCACCCUGGGAUGGCUAUAUCAUCCAAGGCCAUGACCAUCAUCAACAACCUCAUGACAGACAUGUUUGAGAGGCUGGCUGAGGAAGCUUGCAGAUUGUCCAAGUAUACUGGGAGGAUGACACUAACCUCCAGGGAGAUUCAAGAUGCUGUAAAGCUGGUUUUGCCUGGUGAACUUGGGAGGCAUGCCAUUGCUGAGGGUACUAAGGCUGUCACAAAUUAUAUGUCCAAUAAUCAUACUGGAGGAGACCCAAACAACUCCUAGCUAGCUACAUACUUGUCAACAACAUUUUAUUCGGUUUUAGUGUUAGUUCCAUAUAAGAUAAGUAGGUGGUUUUAAAUAUUUUGUAGAUCUUUCUUUUCUGUGUUAAUUUUUGGAAUUUGGAUGCUCUUUCCAUUUUGGUUUCACCUUUCUUAAGAGAAGGCGGCGGCUGGCUAUGUUGUAGGGUGGUCUUUCUUAUGUAUUUGCAUGUUUGAACGUCUAUCUCGACGAAUUCAAAUGUCGUUUUCCCCACAAUAUUUAGAUUCAAUGGGUACCUUACAUUUGGUUGUUCGAAA